AUGUCAGACGCUGGGCCUAUGUCUAACGAGCAGGGUGCAGCUGCGCCAAAAGAGGAGAUAAAGAAAUCCUCACGUGAAAGACGUUUGACACCAAAGAUGCUAGAGUUGACAGAGCAGCAAACAGCUCAAAGAGAAAAGAAGUUCUACUCAGCAUACGAGAGUUGGAAGGCCCACGUCAGAAAUAUCCGUGCGAGUCUAAAAUGUGAAUGCUCAGACUGUGACCUAUGUAAGAUGAUGGAAUCUCUUGAAAAGCUCGAGGCUAUAGUCAAGGUGGAAUAUGACAAUUUACGAGAAAAAUCAACUCCUUCUCAGGAAGUGAAACGAAAGAUUGAUGCCUGCUCUGCAGUGACAGGAGAUUUAAUACAACUGAUGAGAGUACGUCUAACUGAAGUAGGAGAGGACUUUGAUGCUGAAGUCGAAGGGCCAAUGCUGCGUUUGCUACUGGACAAAGACUAUGCCAAAUCCAUAUAUGGAUCCACAGCUUCCACACCAUCAGUGGCCAGCAGCUAUAAACCUGCCUCAGAGACCCCAAGCAUAGCAGCCAAGAGAGCUGAGAUGGCUGCUCAGUUAGCCGCAAAAAAGGUUGAAUUUGAAAAGGAGAACCUCAUCAGUGCACAGCGUCAAGAAUUAAAACGACUUGAACAACAAAGGGAUCUUGAGGCUAUGGAAGCCAAGCUUAAAGUAUACACUGAAGAGGAGUCAAAAGAAAAUGGUCAAAGAUGCAGUGCUGCACGCAGCAGUUUGAUGGGUUCUCAUCACUCAGGUUCCUACAAUGGAGAUCAAAGAGCUCCAAAAAAUGAAACAUCACUGCUGCAAGCUCUGAGUGAUUCAGCCGUACUCAAUAGACUCCCAAUUCCAGAACCUGGUAUAUUCUCUGGCGACCCGUUAAAGUUCAUACAGUGGAGUGCUAGCUUUAAGGCUCUAAUAGAUCGACGCUGCCACAAUCCUGCCGAGAAGCUGUUCUACUUGCAAAAAUAUGUUGCUGGGGAGGCAAGGUCAGUUCUGGAAGGGAUCUUCUACAGAACAGAUAAAGAGGCCUAUCAGCAAGCAUGGGAAAAGUUGAAUGUCAGAUAUGGCCACUCCUUUGUAGUACAAUGCGCGUACAGAGAGAAGCUCAAUGGGUGGCCUAAGAUAGGUGCAAAGGAGUACGUAAAGCUGAGAGAAUUCAGCGAUUUUCUACAGGCAUGUGACAGCGCUAUGCCUCAUGUGAAAGGUCUGCAGGUACUUAACGACUGUGAGGAGAAUCAGAAGAUGUUACUCAAGCUCCCAGAGUGGGUAACUUCAAGGUGGAACCGCUAUGUUACUGAGCAGCUAGACCAGGCCAAAGACUACCCCAAUUUUAAAGAGUUUGCUUCCUUUAUUGCAAAGGAGGCACGUAUAGCGUGCAAUCCAGUCUCUUCGCUGUAUGCUCUGAGGCCCACUGAAGACAAGCUGACAAGAGAGAUGAAGCGUACAAAGGCAAACGCCUUCGCCACCAAUGUGCAGACCUCAGACACUCCUAGCACCACAACCAAAUCACACAAUAGUGAUGAAGCCAGGCCAAAGGACUUCAACAAACCCAAGAAAGAGAACUCAACAGCACAGAACUCAGGAAAGGGCAUAACUCAAGAGACUGUCAAAGGAAAGCCGUAUGUGCUGGCUGAGUACGCCCAGAGAAAAGCUUACGUCGACUCCCAGAAGAAACAGAAAAAGAAGAAGAAAAAGAAGCCAGCCGAGGACUCGGAGGGGGAUUCACAGGGAAGGGGUGGAGGUCGAACCAGAUCAGUCUGUGGGAGGAGAGGUGUCUCGGGUGGAGGACAAGAUGGAAAUAGAGACCCACACACCACAGAGUUUACUUUCACCAAGACGCUCAGGAGUGGAGAGACUGUCAAGCAUGACCAGACGUACAACAUAGAGCCAGAGAGUGAAGUUUCCACCACUGCAGAGGAUUAUUCCUCAGAGGUAAAUGGAUGCCUUGAUGAGAUCACAGACAACCUAAUGAUGCCUUCAAAGGAUUUUAUCUGGGAGGAGGUGGAGUCCCCGCAACAGGUGACAAAGGGGGGUACAAGGCAGGAUUUGGAGGAUGCACUAGAGGCCAAGACCCGGGCAGUGGAGGAGCUGAGACAAGAGCUUGAAGAAAUCAGGUCUGCAUUUGGUGCAGAAGGCAUGCAGCAGCUGCAGGAGUUUGAAGCAGCGCUGAAGCAGCGAGAUGGCAUCAUCACCCAGCUCACAUCCAACCUUCAGCAGGCUCGUGAAGAGAAAGAUGAGAUCAUGAAAGAAUUUUUGGAGCUGACAGAGCAAAGCCAAAAGCUACAAAUUCAGUUCCAGCAGCUGCAGGCAGGUGAGACACUGAGGAAUACCAGUCACAGCAGCACUGCAGCUGAUCUUCUGCAGGCCAGGCAGCAGCUCGUUCAGUACCAACAGCAGCUGGAAGAGAUGAAUGUUGAGGUCAGAAAGCACCAGGACAGGAGCAGCCAACAGCUGGAGCACAUCAGCCAGCUCCAGCAGAAGAUCAGUGAGAUGGAGUUGUCAGGGAGAAGAGCUGAAGAAUCAUUUUCCCAAAGGAUAAAUGAAAAGGACUUGUUGAUUGCUAAACAAGAAAAAGUUAUUUCAAGUCAGGAGCAGUCACUGACAGAAUUGAGAGCAGCAGAGAAGUCUUCUGCACAAACACUAAGAGAGAAAAAUCAGUUAAUUUCAGAGCAAACUGCAAUAAUCACAGAACAUGAGCGGUCACUAACCCUGCUCAGAGAUGAACUUGCUCAUGUGGGGAGGAGUACAGAUGAGAAUAUUAUACAGCAGUCAGAUGAGAAAGCGCUCAUUAUAGCAGAGAAAGAGAGAGUCAUUUCAGAACGUGACUGUUCCAUUACACAGCUCGAAGAUGAGCUGGAGACCUCUGAAAAACAACUUCACCACCUCCAACAGCGAAUGGCUACAAAGGAAUCUGAGCUGGAAAGCUGUCUGGAUGAGUUGGAAAGCACAAGGGCUGACUUAGAGAGUCAUACAAAUGAAGUAGAGAGUUGUAAAUUACAAUUGGAAAAAGAACAAAAGGAGUUAGAAAUUUGUAAAAGCGAACUUGCAACCUCCAGACAGAAAGAGCGAAUGUCAUCUAAUGAAAUUAUGCAGCUCAUGCGCACAGUCGAAGAUCUGCAGAAGCGCUGUCACCAGGGCAGCCUUUCAGAGAGUGACACCGUCCAAAAAAUGCAGAAAGAGACUGAGAGGAAGCUUGAAGUUCUCAGGGCGGAGCUGGAUGAGAUGUACGGUCAACAAAUUGUCGAGAUGAAGCAGGAGCUUAAUUUGCAGCAUGCUGCGAGAGUGCAGCAAAUGACUGAGCAGCAUCAUGCAGAGCUCGAGCUUCUAAAAGCACAACUGUCUCAAAGUUCCACUGACAACACUGUUGAGGUGGACAUCCUCAAUACUAAAAUUAGGGAGCUCCAAGAAACUUUAGAGCAGUCUCAAUCUAUGCAUGAUAAAGCCAGACGUGAGCUUAGUGAAAUAGCCCAAGAGAAGGUCAGCCUGCAGGCCAGGUUGGAUGAUCUUCUUCAAGAGCUCCAUUUAGCUAAAGAAAAGGUGGAGCAGGUAUCCCACAGUCUUAUCUCUCAGGAAAGCCAACACGUUGAGCUGCAGCAGCUCCAAGAGACCAUUGACAAUCUGAGGACUGAGCUGCAUGGUCUUCAGGAAGCUGCACAAGAAGCUGAAACAAAACAUGAAUCUGAAAUAACCAAUUACAAGAUCAAGUUGGAGAUGCUGGAGAAAGAAAAAGAUGCUGUGCUGGACCGCAUGGCAGAGUCACAGGAAGCAGAGCUGGAACGACUGAGAACUCAGCUUCUAUUUAGCCAUGAAGAAGAGCUCACCAAUCUUAGGGAAGAACUGCAAAAAGAGAACUUUCUAAACACAGAAAACCUUCUCAACGAAGCUGCUAGCAAACACGAGAAAGCGCUGGAUGAGCUGCGAAUUGGUCAUGAAGACGAACUGCGUUUGUUACAAAGAGAGAAGGCAAGUUUUGCCGCAGAGCGAGAUGAACUUUUGCACCAAAUUCUUGGGCUCAAAGAAGACCUCAAGAUGGCUUUGCACAGCUCUAAAGCAAAUGAGCUCGUCGAGCAGCUCCAAGAGCUUCAGGCCGAGCUUGAGGAACUUAGAAAGGGGGGAGAAGAACGAACAAGAAUGGAGACUGAAAUUCAGACAUUACUAAAAAAGAUGGAGGUGCUUGAAAACCAGACAAAAGCGAGAGAACAGCACUGGGAGAACAAACUAAAAGAGCUUGAACUGGAAAAGGAGUCACUGAUCCAAUCAAAUAACACUUUGAAAGAAGAGAUCAACUCAAAAAUUCUGAAAAUUGAGGCACUCACAGCACAGAGCAAUCAAACGCAGCAACAAGUAGCUGAGCUUAGGGAAGAAGUGGAAAAGCAGAGGACUACUUUCUCCUUUGCUGAAAAGAAUUUUGAGGUAAACUAUCAGGAGCUCAAAGAAGAGUACAAGUGUCUCAUUGAGGCAAAGACACAGUUGGAAGAGAGGACGCGGAAGGAGACACUUGAAUUUGAGGCAAAAAUCGCCAGCCUUCAGUCACAGAUUCGCGAGCUGGAGGAGGGCAGCAGAGAUGACAAUAUGGAGCACAAAUACUGAUAAGCUGUGACUGAAAAACAUUCUACUGAACUAAUGGAGAAGCUUAAUGUUACUUUGAGUGAGAAGGAAAGCCUGACUGGAAGGCUUUCUGAAGUUACAGAGCAAUUAAUGUUUACAGAGAGCAAAGUGGGACAACUAGAAGAAGAGCUGCUGAAAGUGAGAAAAGAAAACUCUGAGGUCAUCGCCCAAAAUGAAAUCCUAGAGAAGGAACUGGAAAAGAAGCAGGAGAUUAAGACGGAGCAGAUAAGAGGGCAGGAUGCCAGAGAAAAGCUAAGCUCCAGGAAGAUGAGGCAGCCCUUGAGCCAGUUUGUUCUUCAGUGGAUCAUCAUAUUCAGAUUCAAUCUCUGCAAGAGGAGAUCAAGGCUCUUCAGUCCCUCUUACAGGCAGCUGAAGACGAAAGAGACAGCAUCCGGCAGACUCUGGAGCUCCACAGGCUUUUCACAUACUCCAUCCCAGCAGCAGUGCAGUCCUCAGGGGAGGGACCUGUUGAAGGACGAUCCUCCCCGCAGAAGUCCUCAGCCUCAGGGUCAAGCAGGCGCAAGAGGCGGCAUGAGGGCGAAGCAGGAGCGCAAAGUGGGCUCCGGUUUUCAGAGAACAGAGAAGAAAGACAAAGGGGAGGAGAAAGAGGAGGCAGUGACUGAGGAAGAGAGAGCUAAAAGUGCUGCAGAGGAUGAGAUGCAGCCUCAGAUGGAGAGCCAGGUUGCGUCUCGUUCACAAGAGAGGGCCAGUAAGGAGGACACCACUGACGAUACCAGGGAGACGGAGGCAAAGGCUACAUCAGCAAAGAGGGUAGGCACUCACAUGUAUCUGCUGCAGCAUGCUGCUACCUUCUCUUUACCUUUUUCAAACAUGGGACGGCCGGCGCUCGAGCAUGUUGUCCAGGGAGAGCCGACUGAACAUGGUGAGUGCAGGCUGCAGAUGGAAGCCCAGCGCAUUAGCCUGUCUCAGAUCCACGCCGCCCAGUUUGAGCUGUUGCAGGAGGAGACCGAUGCCCGCACGCACUCUCUAGAGCUGCAUCUGCAGGACCUGAAACAUCACGAUACGCAGAAUGAGCAAAAAAGCUUCAAAUACCAGGACACGAUGCAAGCUGUGUCACAAGAAUGCUCUGCGAUUAUUCUGGCUUUUCAAAAACUCUUUGGUGAAGAGUUUUUGGAGAAUGUCGAUGCAGAGAGCCAGCCGCUAAUUUCACAAGAACAACCAGUGACGAGCGAAUCCACCUCCAUUAUCCUAGAGGCCAGAGAGCUAUGCAGAGAGCUUCAGCAGGUCAGGGAGAGGAUGGAGCAGGAACAUCAUCGACUCUCACAGCUCCAGGCUCUGCUUAGAGAUGAUGGGAACAAGAUAAAUGAACUGCAGAUGGCGUACAGUGAUCUGAAGAGAAACAGUGAGAAGGAGCUCUCUGACCUCCGUGAGCAGGUCGCCACUUUAAGCCCUUCAACAAGUGAAGAUCCGGAGGAGCGGCCUGGUGCAUCUACCUCCCUUUCCGUGGAAUUGCAGAGGCUGAAGGCCGAGGCCAAGGAGAAGCAGCUGCACCUGGAGGAGAGUCACAGGCAAGAGAUGGAGCGUCUCAGAGCUCACUACCAGCAGCAGACCACAGAGACAGAGGAGCGAUACGCAACUGAGCUCUUCAUGCUGCAGCAGCGACUGCAGGAGGUCACAGCCCACGACAGUGUUCCAGAGUCCAGCUCUGAGAGGAUGGAGGAGCACAAAGAGGAACUAAAGGACCUGAGUGAGGAGGAUUUCUCAGAGGAAGUUGUGGAGCUGUGCUGGUCUGUCAAGUCUACUGGCCUGACAGCACAGCUGCAGGCACUGAGGAAAGCUCUCUACCACAAGUACCUCCAAGAAGUUGCCGCUCUCAAAGAGCAGCACAGCAAGGAGCUGACGCGACUGAGAGAAGAAAGGGAGCAGGAGAGGAGACAGAGAGAGCAGGAUCUCAACGGUAUCGGCGGUGCUGGAAGCUCCACUGAGAGCCUCGGGGUAGCCAGGCAGGUCUCUGUGGAAGAGAAACAACACUGGGAGAGAGUGGAGGAGGAAGUCGCCAGGGCCAUAGUUCAGAUGUCCGUGGAGUUUGCACAGCAAACUGAGCUGGCUCGAAUCAACAAACGUGCCCAACAGACAAACUCCUCCAUGCAGACCCAGUCGGAUGAUGAGGAGCUGGAGGAGAGGGAGAAAGACGAGCCGACUCCCAGAGCUUCCCUCACUGCAGGCGGCUGGCUUGAGGAAGUCGAGAGGGAGAGACUGGAGAGGGAGCUUGAAGAGAGGAACGCUGAGAUUAGAAAGUUAAAGGAGGAGCUGCAGAAAUCUGAAUCAGGACCUGAGCAGGCCUUAAAGAAGAGAGAUGGCAGUGAUGGAGAAGAUGAGGAAGACAGCGAUCCAGACGGGUCGGGAACAGCGAAGGCUGAUGAACACAAACUGUCUUUGCGGGACGAUGGAGAUUCUUCUGAUAAAGAUGCUGAAAGAAACCUGUUGCGUACAGCCAACACGAAGCUCAGCCAGGUGUUGGUUGAAGUCCUGAAGACCACAGCAGCAGCAGAGGAAACGAUGGGCCUCCACAUGCAGAGCCUGCGCGACGCUUCUGGUGCAGCACAGCUGCCUCACUCCACCACACAGUUGGCCAGUACACUGACUCUCAGACAUUAUAACACGGAUUACGCUGCAGGAAGUUACCAGGGUGGUGAGACUGGUGCAGACAGCGUGAGCAUGUGGUCCGGUGAGAUGAAGGCUGCUGAGAGUCUGGAAGCAUCCCAGCAGAUGAUGGACACCCUGCUGCUCGGGGCAGGGCCACAGCUCGAGAACGAGGAAUAUUUAAUGGGAAUCAGCAGCCGACUGCAGACAGCUCUGGAAAAAAUGUUGAUGGCCAUCACUGAUACCACUAACCAGCUUGAACAUGCCCGGAUGACCCAGACCGAGCUGAUGCGGGAGUCCUUCCGCCACAACCAGGAGAUGAACGAGCUGCUUCAGAAGCAGGAGGAGCUGCAGGAGAGGUUGACAGAGGAGGCUCGGGCGCGGGAGCAGCUGGCUCUGGAGCUUCACAGAGCGGAGGGUCUCAUUGAUGGAUACACGGGUGAACGGGCAGCGCUGGAGGAGCAGUUGCGUCAGAAGGAAGAGCUCCAACUGAGCCUCGAGCAAGAGCUGCAGGUAACUGGUAGUCGGCUGCAUGAGUUGGAACAGGAAAAGUUUCAGAUGCAGGAAGAGCGCGAGCUGCUGGCAAGGCAACAAGACGCAAUGAAGGAGGACGCCGGGCCCCGUGAGCUUCGCCUAGUUGAAGCUGCAAUGGUUGCAGCACCUGAAGCAGACCUGCUGGAGGAAACUGAGAAGCUGAUGAAAGAGAAGGUGGAGGUUCAGAGGCAGGCAGAGAAGGAGAACUCUGACCUCCUGAAGCAGGUGAAGCUGCUGGAGGUGGAGCUGGAGGAGCAGGUCAACAAGGUGAUUGAGCUGGAGAGCGUUCGUACAACAGAGAGUUGGGACCUCCGACAGCAGAUCCAAGCCCUGGAGAAACAGCUGGAGAAGAACAGGAAGUUUUUGGAUGAGCAAGCUGUAGACCGAGAACAUGAGAGGGAUUUCUUCCAGCUGGAGAUACAGAAACUGGAGCAGCAACUGAAGAACCCGCAGAAGCUUCAGGCCAGCUCUGAGCAAAGAAACCAAGAGGUGGACCAGCUGAUCUCCCAGCUGAAGGAGAAGGCGGAUUGGUGCAGUGAGCUGCUUCUCAGCUCAGAGCAGCUGCGUCGUGAGGUGGGAGAGCGCGACGAAGAGAUUGACAAGCUGGAGAGCCGCAUCCGUGAGCUGGAGCAGGCCCUGCUGGCCAGCGCUGAGUCUCUGGAGAAGGCUGAACAAAAGAAGCAGCAUGCACCCGUCACAGAGACAAGACAGUCCACACUGGAGGCUCAGUUACAGAUGGAAAGAGAUGCUCUGGAGCAGAAAGAGAAGGAGGAUAAUAGGAUUUGCAAGGCCCAGCAGAGGAUGUACUUCCUGUGGCAGUUGAAGAUUCUGACACUGAGAAAAGAGCACAGUAAGCUGUUGGAGACAUAUCUUCGCUUGAAAGAGAGCGCAGAAGCCUUAGCUGAAACAGAAAACCUAGAAAGCUCAGAGGGUGCACUUGAGGAAGUUCUCAGAGAGAAAACUGCAGGGCUGGUUGUCUUACAGGCUCAAGUACAAGCUCUGGAGGAGAGUGCAUCAUCCAGAGUGGAAGAGUUAGGCCUUCGGAUCACAGAGCUGGAUGACUUGGUCAGUGAAAAAGACUCUGAGAUAAGCCACUGUCGCCUCCUUCUGGAGCAGUCUCAAAGUCAUGCAGAAGGUCUUCAAAAGAGGGUCUCUAACCUAGAGGACAAUCUGAGGGAAAAAGUGGCUGCAGCGUUGGUCAGCCAAGCCACACUUGAGGCCUUCCAGCAGCAGCAUCAGUCAGUGGGAACAAAACAAAAGCAGGACCUGCAGAAACCUCCUGAGAGACACGUGGAGCUGCUCAGCUAUGAGUUUGGAGAUUUUGGCAUUCCUCAAAUGGACUUCAGCGGAUUGGGUCAAGCAAAGCAAGUCCCCACAGGGAAGGUGGUUCAUCUUACGCAGAAGCUCCGGGAGCUGGAGGUCGGACUCAGUGGGAUGCAAAAAGACCAGGAACUCCAGAAGCAGCUGCUCUCCAGCUCUGAGGAGGAGGUGCUUGAGUAUGAAAGGAGGCUGGCAGUGCUCAUGGAUCUGCUCAGUCAGAUGAAGCCGGGAGUUCGCCAGAGGACAUCAUUGUCUGUGGAGGCCUCCUCUGAUGUCCAGCAGAAUGUGUCGCAGCUUCUUCAGGAGUUACAGGAGGUCAGAGAGGAGACUUCAGCCACCAAAGAGCAGCUGGAGAGCUACAAGGAGAGCUGCAGCAGACUUCAGGAGGACCUCCAUGAAAAAACUUUAACAAUAGAGAGGCUUCAGGAGCUGCUCCAAAAGACGUCAUCUAAUGAUGGUGAUGAGACGAAGGUGUCUGAGCUUAAACAGGAACUAACAGAGGCUCAGAGUGAAGCAGCGGCCACCAAAGAAGAGCUGAACAGCUGCAAGGAGAGCUUGGAGAAACUGCAAGAGCUGCUGCAGCCCAAAGGCAACAAAAUCCUGCUAAUACAGCACCUGGAGACCACGGAGCUCUCACCUGUUCCCACCUGCAGAGCUACGACCCCGACCGAGCGCUCACCGACUACAUCUCCAGACUGGAGGCCCUGCAGAGGAGGCUGGGGAGCGUGACAUCAGGUAACACAUGCAGUUCAGGUUACAUGCAUCACGUGGAGUUACAGCUUUCUUUAUCACCUCAAAUUUUUUUAAAUAAUGUCAUCACGUAAAAACUGCAUUUUUAUGUACUCAGGUUAUCUUUGUGUAAUACAGUUUGUUUGUUCUCAAACCUGCAAGUUAGACAAAUAUGCAAGAAAAUAAGAACUCGGGAAGGGGACAGACAAUCAUGUAUAUUUGUCUAAUGCUAAUUUAAGACUUUGUGAUUAAUUUAUAUGUUUGUGUUGUAUGGGUGGAGCGUUACGUAGAGGAUGUUUGGGUUUAUUGUUAAGGAGGCUGCUACUGGAUACUCUACACUACACUGUGUUUUGUUUAGGCCGGACAGACUACAGAGGACAUUUGUAGAGAACGUAUUUUUGUAAAGCGUAGGAGCUUUGAAUUUUCUGGGUAUUUUGUCAAAAACUGAAUUAAAGAGGACUACAUUAUUUCAAA